AUGCUCGGCCACUGGUACCUGCUCGGACUCCGAUUUCUGGUUCUGGCGGGGACCAUCGUGAUCUGCGGGUGGAUCUUCACGGCCCUUGUGCGGACCCUUUGGGCGACCACGAAGUUCUUCCAGGCUCUGCGGAUGACAGUGCUACUCAUCUGGGUACUGGCACCGUGCUUCAUGAAUCUGGUGUUGACCCUGGUGGCCUUCUCGUUCGUCACGAUGCUGGUUGUGGUCUCCUGGAUGUUGCUCGCGCUUUUCUCGGCGCUUGUGGCGUGGCUCGUGUCGAGGGCGACUUCACUCCACUUCAAGCUGGGGUGGUGCGGAGCAAUUGCGUGCCUCAAGCUGAGCACGAGCGUGCCGCCACCGUACACAAGAAGAGUCGCAUCUUCACUGGGUAUGCUGAUGCUCCUCCAGUUCCUGCAGCGCUAUGGCGUGCACGAGCUGCCGGGCGCAGUGCGCCUGGCGUUCAGGCUCUACUCCAUCCACGCGCAGCUUCUCAGACCGUCCACGCUCAACCUGCACGGCUCGACCUAUGACGCCGCCGCCCACGUGGGCGGCCACCCGUCCGCGCUCGCCGCGGGCUCCUUCGACGGCACCGACGACCGCCUGGUUGGUUUCGACGGCUCCGCCGACUACCUGGACAGCACUAACUACAAGCUCGGCCCAGGCGCGCCCGCGGCGGCCUCAGCCCUGCCCGCAAACGGCCCCGGCCUCCAGCGGAGCGCCACCGAGGGCGCGGACAGGCAGAGGGCGCAUUGCGAGCAGGCGCUGCGCCGCUGUCGGGGGGAGCUCGCAGGCCUGGAGCUCGCAGGGGCGGAGGCAGGCGAGUUGCGCGGGGAGUUGGAGGAGAGCCGCCAUGCGGAGCUCCGCCUCCGCGAGCAGCUGCGCGCCGCGCGCGACGAGCGCGCCCGGGAGCGCCAGAGGCUCGAGAGGCAGCUGGAGCGCCUGCGGGCGCGCUGCCAGGAGCUGGAGCACUCGGAGGCCGCGGCGGAGGCGCAGCGGGCCCUCGCGGGGCGCGAGUGCCGCAGCGCGGGCGAGGCGCUGCAGCAGUGCCGGCAGCAGCUGGAGCGGCGAACGCGGGAGGCGGAGGAGGCGCGAUCCCGGCUGGGCGCAGCCGAGGGCCAGUGCCAGAGGCUGGCCGCCGAGCAGCAGGCGACCGAGGAGCAGGAGGCCGCCGGCCGCCGCCGCGGGGAGGAGCUGGAGGAGCAGCUGCUCGGCCGCCGGCAGGCGGCGCAGACGGCCGAGCGGUGGGGCCAGGAGCUCGCCAGGCGGCUGGAGGCGCAAGAGCAGGCCAGCGGCUCCCCGCGCGCCCUCGAGCAGCGCUGCCUCGCGCUGCAGGCGGAGGCCGAGGCCCUCGAGCAGGAGAAGAGGUGGCUCGUCGCCGACAGGGCGAGGUUGCAGCAGCAGCUCGACGUUGCGGCGUGGGAGCUGCCUGCUCGGAGCGCGGACCAGGGCCGCCGGCUCAGGCUCGAAGAGCUGCAGCGGCACGAGCUGGCCGAGCGGGCCGGGGAGCUCUCGGCGCGGCUGGAGGAGGCCUCGUGCAGGCACGAGGAGCAGCUGCGCCAGCUGGAGCGUACCAUUCACGAGGCCCACGAGCGCGAGGGCGAGCUCGGGCGCGAGCUGCAGAGGACGCGGGCCGCGCGAGUCGAGGCGGAGCCGCUGCUGGCGUGGUGGGCCGACGACUCGCGCGGGGAGGAGAGGGCAUUCCCUGGCGCCGGGUCGCUGAGCUUGCGGCUGCCAGCUGGGGUUGCGAGGGACAGCGGGCGCCGCUCUGCAUCCGGCAGCCCCGCGCAGGCCACCGUCCCGGUGGAGAGCGCCUGCGACGACAGCGCGGCCCCGCAG